GCGGCGAGCACAGCGACGUCGCGGUGCUGGAGCGAGCCAUGGUCCUCGCCAAGGCAGCGGCCAAACUGGGUAGCAAGGCCCCAGUGUUGGUCUUGCCGACCUGGGGUGCUCAGCCGCUGGUGGCGGAGCAGAGUGCCCCUGACCACAGUGGUCUUUGGGGAUUCGCUCGUGCAGUGCGAAUGGAGUGCGCUUCGCAUCGUCUGUGCAGAUUUGGAUGCCUGCAAGCCUACUGAUGCCUGGGUUCAGCUUUCCACUGAUGUGCUGCCAGCGCUGCCGCUGGAAGAAGAAGAGAUCGCGAUUCGAGAUUUGGAGUUCAGCGCGGCGAAGCUAGCGCGGUCUGCCGUGAAGUACUCGGGCGCAAUUCGGCUGAACAUGCCAGCUCGCGGAUCCCUUACAGGUCUUCGAGUGGUACCGCAGGCGGACACUUCGGUGCGUGUGGCAGCAGCUCCGGGAAUGGCUCAGUUGCGCAUUCGCGCGGUCGGUCUGAAUUUCCGAGAUGUCCUUAACGUGGCCAAGUUGCAUUUCAUUGGAUUGUGGGAGCACAGUCCCCCAGGCGCAGACUGUGGUGGAACCGUUAUCGGCCUUGGAGACAACGUGCAGCACUUGCGCGUGGCGGAGGAUGUCUUCGGUGAGUCGCCAGGGUGCCUCAGCACCUACAACACAAGUUCGGCCGCACUCCUUUCCCCGAAGCCGGCAUCCUGGACAUACGAGGAGGCCUGCUGUAUGCCAGUGAUCUUCGUGACCGUGGAGGAGGCCUUGGGUGAUUUGGCCCAGCUGAAGCGGGGAGAGCGCGUCCUCAUCCAUGCGGCCGCUGGUGGAGUUGGCCUGGUGGCUAUCCAGUACGCUCACUUCGUUGGUGCAGAGGUUUAUGCCACUGCCGGGGCAGAUGAGAAACACGAAUUCCUGAGAGGUCUUGGAGUCAAGCACAUCACGAGCAGCAGAAGCGGUCAAAAAUUCGAAGAUGAUAUGAAGCAGAUGCUCAAGGAGCAGGGAGUUGAAGGAAUCGACGUGGUGCUGAACAGCCUCAGCCACGAUGACUACAUUCCUCGGUCAUUGGCCUUGCUCCGGAAGGGCGGCCGCUUCAUAGAGAUUGGCAAGCGGGGCCCCGACGUCAUGUACGAGAAGAUCGCCGCAGACACCAUGAUGGAAAAGGAACCUUGGCGCUACAAUGCCUACCUCAAGCGGCUUCUACAGCGUGUUGAUGAUGGAGGGCUCAGCCCCAUCAACAUGCACAUCUUUGGCGGCAUGGAGAGGGGCGUGGCGGCGUUGCAGUUCCUGCAAAGAGCAAGCAACAUCGGGAAAGUGGUCAUAAGCUCAUCCAGCCGCUUGCUUUGCAGCCCAGACCAGAUGCCUCUCCUUUCUGGCGGCCUUGGUGCUCUGGGAGUGGUAACAGCGCAGUUCCUGGUUGAGGAAGGGGCCAAAGCUCUCUGCCUGCUCUCGCGCAAUGGCCAGCCGGCCAAGGAUGUGGGACCCCAGUGGUCUUGGCUACAGAAGUGUGCUGUGGAGCUCCGGAUUGAGAAAUGCGAUGUCGGACGAAAAGACUCUGUCCUUGCCUUGCGAGAUGCGCUGGCAGGAACCAAACUUGGAGGUUUGAUGCACCUCGCUGGGGUUCUGGCGGAUGGUGUUCUUCCCAGCCUGACCCGCGAGAGCUUGGACAGGUCCUACGGGCCGAAGGUGCAUGGUCUCUUCAACCUUUGCCGUAUCCUGGACUUUCACAAAGCCGCUCCUCACCUCCUUUUCUCCUCGACGUCUGCGCUGUUUGGAUCGCCAGGCCAGGCAAACUAUUCAGCUUCAAAUUCUGUGCUGGACUCCUUGGCACCGUUCUGGAGUGCCCAGGAUCCAGAAGGAGGGGGCGUUUUCUGGAGGAAUGCCCGGUCUGUGCAAUGGGGACCUUGGGCCGAGGUGGGCAUGGCUGUGCAGGCAAACACUCUUGGCCGCGCCAAGUCCAUGGGUGUGGGUGCGCUGACCAAUGCACAGGGCCUUGCCAUCAUGAGCAGCAUCUUGAGUAGCGCCAACCUGCUAGUGGGUGCGGUGCCGGUGCGCUGGGGCAAAUACCUGAAGAGCGCCUACCCGCAAGUGCCCAGCUUCCUAAAGGACUUCGAAGCAGAAGCCAAAAAGGCGGCUGAGGCGCGGGCUGCACGGGGGGCACCCGGCGAGUCCGCCGUGCUGGGCGCGCUGAGCGGGCUCACGGGCGAGGAGCGCUUGGUGGCUGUUCGCAGCAGCCUGCGAGAUCUUGCCAGGGAGGUGAUCGAUUCUGCCGAGCUGGAAGCGGACAGUCCGCUGAUGGAUUCCGGCAUGGACUCCUUGUCAGGCGUGGAAUUCAGGAAUCGAUUGCAAACAGAGUUCGACGGCGUCAAUCUCCCGAACUCCAUGGUUUUCGACUAUCCCACCAUUACAGAACUUGCAGGUUUCAUCAAUGGACAGCUUGGUGACACGCCAGAGCCCCUUCCAGCCGCGGCCUCCGCGGUGGCUUCGCCGCAAGCGGAAGGCUUCCUGGAGCCCCUGAACGCCCUGUGCGCAGGCUCUGAGACUGCGGCCACCACGCCGUUGUUCCUGGUGCCUGGGGCAGGCAUGCAGGCCGGCAGCUUCAGAACGCUGGCAGCUCGGCUAGCCCUGGCCAGCUAUGGUCUGAGCUGGCCCAAGAGCAUUCCGCGUGACCAGUGGCCAAGCAGCCUCAAGGAUCUUGCGAAGCUCUUCUUUGCAGAGAUCCAGAAGGUCCAGUCCGAGGGCCCCUACUUGCUAGCUGGCCACUCCUUUGGUGCCAACGUUUGCCUGGAGAUUGCUGCGGUAGCGGCAGCCAAGGGCCAACAGGUGUCCAUGGUGAUUCUGCUGGAUCCGCGCAGCUUGCUGCCGUUGCAAGUGGAUGUGCAAGCAGCAUUUGCAAAGUCAGGUCUUGCAGAAAGCUUGGCGCUGCUCGCUCAGACUCUACCGGGCGCGGAAGGAGCGAGAUACGCUGAGUUGUUGGAUGCUCAUGAGGGCAGUGGGGACGAG